AUGGACGAGAAUGGAUCUCUUUAUGUCACUGAUUAUUCGAAACAUGAAGUGCGACGAUAUCGAAGAGGAGAAUCCGAAGGAACAGUGGUUGCAGGUGGCAAUGGACAAGGAAAUCGUCUCGAUCAACUCACAAAUCCUUUAUACGUUUUCGUUGAUCGAGAUCAUUCAGUGUACGUGUCUGAAAAUGUAAAUAAUCGUGUGACGAAAUGGAUGGCAGGUGCAAAAGAAGGCAUUGUCGUGGCUGGUGGUCAAGGACCAGGAAAUGGUCUUACACAAUUGAAUCAUCCUAGAGGAGUCGUUGUCGAUCAACUGGGCACUGUCUAUGUGGCUGAUUGUAAUAACGAUCGAAUCAUGCGCUGGCCGAAAGGAGCCACACAGGGAAGUGUCAUUGUUGGUGGAAACGGUCGAGGAGGAGAAUCGAACCAACUUAGUUGUCCCAUCGGUUUGUCAUUUGAUCGAUACGGCAAUUUGUAUGUUGUCGAGCAUAAUAAUCAUCGAGUACAAGAAUUCAAGUUCAAUUCAUGCGCAUGCACGAUUUACUGCCGUGGAUUUACUACCGUAAACAAUCAACUUUUAAAAAGCGCGAUCUUCUUUUUCUUCAUACAAAUGACUUUUUAAAAUUUAACUAAGAUGGCUGACCGCACGUCUCUUUCACUAUUAAUUGAAACAUUUUAAUUUAUCCAACAUUUUUUGCUUCAUAAUACAUAAAUCUUAAAUACUUUUUGUAGGUCUUAGAACGUAUAAACAAGCGUAUUUAUAAUAUUUUUUUCCAUAUUAUACUAAACGAAUUUUAUUUAUUUAUUAUAUUAGCGUUCUGAAAUAAUUUUUAAUGAAUUUGAUGUUUUCUAUAAAAUAAAAUUCUUAUAUAGAUAUGAGAGUGAGUUUGAUAAAUAAAAGGCACAAAUCCAAAAGGGCACACAGCUACUACGACGCGUUUCGGUUUUGUUGAAGGACCUCAUCAGGCAGAUUUACCUCGCACUUCCAAAUUUGUGUCU